UAAAGAACAGUUAACAACGGAGCAAAAACUGUACUAGCUGUACUGUUUCCUUACAGCUAGUUGUCCAAAGUGGCCAAUGAUGCUCAAUAAACUGAAGAACUGGAUUUCCAGAUGCAGUCUAGCUGUUUUGCUAGUUACCUCCUUAUUUCUUCCAACAAAUGGAGGGAAUGUAUCAAGACCAAACAUUCUGCUAAUCAUGGCAGACGAUCUUGGAUAUGGUGAUCUGGGAUGCUUUGGCAAUGACACGGUCAGGACCCCUAAUAUUGACCAGCUAGCCAAGGAAGGUGUCAGGCUGACUCAGCACAUUUCUGCGGCCUCACUGUGUACCCCAAGCAGAGCUGCUUUUCUGACUGGCCGAUACCCCAUCCGCUCAGGCAUGGCAUCCAGAACUCUGCCUCGGGUCAUCAUUCGGACUGGUGCCUCAGGAGGGCUCCCCCCAAAUGAGACAACAUUUGCAAAGCUCUUACAAAAGCAAGGCUACAUCACUGGCCUAAUAGGAAAAUGGCAUUUGGGUAUGAACUGUGAAUCCCGUGAAGAUCACUGCCACCAUCCUUUAAACCAUGGCUUUGAUUACUUCUAUGGCACCCCUUUUACACUUGUGAAUGAAUGUCAGCGUGACAAGGAUCCAGAGAUAAAUGUAAAAUUGCGAGCUACCUAUUGGUUUUACACAGAGAUGGUUGUUCUUUUGGUGAUCACUCUUCUACUGGGAAAGUCAACUGGCCUGUUCACUGUUAAAUGGAAGACUAUAGUCUUUGUUUCUCUGUGUGGGAUCCUAUAUUUUAUCACAUGGUUUGCCGAUUAUGGAUUUUCACGCUAUUGGAACUGUAUCGUGUUGAGAGAUCAUACCAUUACCGAACAACCAAUAAAUCUAGAAAAUGCUGCCUCCAGGAUAGUGAAAGAGGCUGUCUCGUUUAUCAAACGAAACAAGCAAGGAUCAUUUCUCCUCUUUGUUUCCUUCCUACAUGUCCACACACCAUGUUAUACUACGAAAGAGUUUCAGGGGAAAAGCAAACACAGCUUGUAUGGAGACAAUAUAGAGGAGAUGGAUGGGAUGGUGGGAAAAAUUCUUGCUGCCAUUGAUGAGGAAGGUCUGAGGAACAACACUUUUACAUACUUUGCAUCUGACAAUGGAGGAUUUUUGGAGGCUAGAGCAGGGGAGACUCAACUUGGUGGCUGGAAUGGAAUAUACAAAGGUGGAAAGGGCAUGGGAGGCUGGGAAGGAGGAAUCCGUGUGCCUGGCAUAGUCAGAUGGCCUGGAAUGGUCCCUGCCAACACUGUGCUGGAUGAACCAACAAGUCUUAUGGACAUUUAUCCCACAGUGGCUCACUUGGCUGGGGCAUCAAUGCCACAGGACAGAAUAAUAGAUGGGAAGAACCAGAUAGCAUUACUGCAAGGAACAGUGCAACACUCAGAGCACAAAUUCAUGUUUCACUACUGUGGAUCAUACUUGCAUGCAGUGCGCUGGUACCAGAAAGAGAGUGGUGCUGUCUGGAAGGCCCAUUAUGUGACUCCAGAUUUUCCGACGGAGGGUGCUGGUGCUUGCUAUGGACAAAGAAUGUGCCCUUGUUCUGGAGAAGGGGUAACUCACCACAACCCUCCCUUGCUUUUUGACCUCUCACGUGAUCCUUCUGAAGCCACUCCCUUGUCUCCAACAUCUGAGCCACUUUUUAACACCAUUGUCAGUCAAAUAGAACGAGCGGUGGAAGAGCAUCGUGAGACCCUCACUCCUGUCCCACCCCAACUUGAUCUAUACAAUACUAUAUGGAAGCCAUGGCUGCAGCCAUGCUGUGGGACAUUCCCUCUCUGUUGGUGUGAUGAUGAAAGUAGUAAUGAUUCCGUAACUGAACUGUGUAAAUAGUUUUGUGAGAGAAAUUGUUCUGCCUAAGAUAAAGACUAUCGAUGUGUCAAAUAUGUUUCUUUCAUUCUACUGAUAAGGAACUGGCUGCAUAUAAAAUAAGGAAGCUCAAUGAGAGCUAUUUUGUGGGAAUAAUCUUAGGAUCAGGCUUAGAUGAUCAGAGAGCUGUAUACUUCAAUUAACAUUACAGUAUUUUCUCUUCCCAAUUCAGAAAUGCUUACCUCAGUACUGAGACUUAAAAAUUUAGUCUGCAUUUACCAAAGAGAAAACAAAACAUGCUGAAUGCAAAUCAGUAUCCUGAACUGGGCAAUUUGGUUUUGAGCUUUUAAUUAAUGAUUCAAAUCAGAGAUAGGCCAAAUUCUCAGGAUACUCAGAAUUACCUGGUUGAACGCCAGAUAGCUUUUAAUAACUUUUACUUCUAUAUGUAAUAUCACAUAUUUCAUGGAGAAGGAGCUAAUCCCAAUCCUAGAUCUCAGUAGUGGUUAUAUUUACAGUGGUGCCUUGCUUGACGAGGAUAAUCCGUUCCAGCGAAAUCGCUGUAG